AUGGUGCCUAACUUCUGUGUCCCAGUACUCACUGUGCCAGCAGCCAUCCUUUGCUGCUUGAUGCUGCCUUUAGCAGGAGCAGACAGCAAGCCAACGUUUAUGAAAGCUCCUGAAGACCAGAUUGGGAUUUCUGGAGGAGUGGCCUCUUUCGUGUGUCAGGCAACUGGAGAGCCCAAACCUCGUAUCACAUGGAUGAAGAAGGGGAAGAAAGUCAGUUCUCAGCGGUUUGAGGUUAUUGAGUUUGAUGAUGGAUCAGGAUCAGUUCUGCGGAUACAGCCCCUGCGUGUUCAUCGAGAUGAAGCUAUCUAUGAGUGCACAGCAACCAACAGUGUUGGGGAGAUAAACACGAGUGCCAAAUUAACAGUGUUAGAAGAAGACCACCUCCCAGCUGGCUUCCCAACCAUUGACAUGGGCCCACAGCUGAAGGUGGUGGAAAAGGCCCGCACAGCCACAAUGCUCUGUGCUGCCAGUGGUAACCCUGAUCCUGAAAUCUCCUGGUUCAAGGACUUCCUGCCUGUAGACACUGCAACAAGCAAUGGGCGAAUCAAGCAGCUCCGCUCGGGAGCUCUGCAAAUAGAGAACAGCAAGGAGUCAGACCAAGGCAAAUAUGAAUGUGUUGCAACCAACAGCGCAGGAACCCGCUACUCUGCCCCAGCAAACCUUUAUGUUCGAGUGCGGCGUGUUGCUCCUCGAUUCUCCAUCCCUCCAAGCAACCACGAGGUGAUGCCUGGGGGGAGUGUGAACCUCACAUGCGUGGCAGUAGGUGCUCCCAUGCCUUACGUGAAGUGGAUGGCUGGUGUGGAGGAACUGACCAAAGAGGAUGAGAUGCCUGUCGGUAGGCACGUCCUGGAGCUGAAUAACAUCAUGCAGUCUGCCAACUACACCUGUGUGGCCAUGUCUUCGCUCGGCAUGAUUGAAGCAACAGCCCAGAUCACUGUCAAAGCACUGCCAAAACCUCCAACAGAGCCAUUGGUGACUGAAACGACAGCUACCAGCGUGACCCUCACCUGGGAUUCGGGCAACUCCGACCCUAUUUCAUACUACGUCAUCCAGUACAAGCCCAAAUCCUCAGAGGGUCAGUUCCAGGAGGUGGACGGUGUGGCAACAACCCGCUAUAGCAUAGGUGGGCUCAGCCCCUUCUCAGAAUAUGAGUUCCGGGUCAUCGCAGUCAAUAACAUUGGCAGGGGUCCCCCCAGUGAGCUGGUUGAGGCCCGGACAGGAGAGCAAGCUCCUUCAAGUCCACCCCUCAAAGUCCAGGCACGGAUGCUGAGUGCCAGCACCAUGCUGGUCCAGUGGGAGCAGCCAGAGGAGCCAAAUGGACAGAUCAGAGGGUACCGUGUUUACUAUACCACCGACCCCCAUCUGCCUUUGAGCAUGUGGCAGAAACACAACACCGAUGACAGCCACCUCACCACCGUGGGGAGCCUCAUCACUGGGACCACGUACAGCAUUCGUGUCCUGGCCUUUACUUCGGUGGGUGACGGUCCCCCCUCGGACAUCAUCCAGGUCAAAACGCAGCAAGGAGUUCCUGCCCAGCCGGCUGACUUCCAGGCAGAAGCAGAGUCUGAUACCCGCAUCCUGUUGACAUGGCUGCCUGCCUCGCAGGAGCGCAUUACCAAAUAUGAGCUGCUGUUCUGGGAAGGGGAGGAUGGCACUCAGCAAAAGGUGGAGUUUGACCCAACCUCCUCGUAUGCUGUGGAAGGUCUGAAACCAGACACGCUGUAUAAGUUCCGUCUGGGUGCCCGCUCAGAGCUGGGAGUAGGAGUCUACACCCCCACAAUCGAAGCCAGAACUGCCCAAUCCACCCCCUCUGCCCCACCCCAAGAAGUCGAGUGUAUAAGCACCAGCUCCACUACCAUCCGGGUAAGUUGGGUGCCACCGCCUGCCCAAAGCCGCAAUGGGGUCAUCACCCAGUACUCCAUUGCAUACCAGGCAGUGGAAGGAGAUGACAACACCAAGCAUGUGGUGGAUGGCAUUGGACGGGAGCACUCCAGCUGGGAGAUCAAGGACCUGGAGAAAUGGACCGAGUACAAGGUGUGGGUACGGGCUCACACCGAUGUGGGGCCAGGACCGGAGAGCAUCCCUGUGCUCGUGCGCACUGACGAGGAUGUGCCCAGUGCCCCACCGCGAAAGGUGGAGGUAGAGUCUGUGAAUUCAACUGCCAUCCGGGUGAGCUGGAAGCUGCCCAUCUCCAACAAGCAGCACGGGCAGAUCCGUGGGUACCAGGUUACGUACGUGAAGCUGGAGAACAACGAGCCCCGAGGUCAGCCAGUGAUCAAGGACGUCAUGCUGUCAGAAGCACAGGAGACAGUCAUUGGAGGCCUGCUGCCAGAAACCACCUACUCGGUCACAGUCGCUGCCUACACCACCAAAGGAGAUGGUGCCCGCAGCAAGCCGAAAGUCAUCACCACCACAGGGGCAGUCCCGGGGAAGCCCACCAUGAUGAUUAGCACGACAGCCAUGAACACAGCCCUCAUCCAGUGGCACCCACCCAAGGAGAUGGUAGGGGAGCUGCUAGGUUACCGGCUGCAGUACAGACGUCUUGAUGAGGAAAAGAUGAACACAAUAGACUUCGGGAAGAGAGACCAUCACUACACUGUGACCAACCUGCACAAGGGGGCCACGUAUCUCUUCAAAUUGUCUGCCAAGAACAGAGCUGGCCCAGGAGAGGAGUUUGAGAAGGAGAUCACUACUGCGGAAGAUGUGCCAAGUGGCUUCCCACAGAACCUGCGUGUGGUGGGUCUCACCACUUCCACGACAGAGAUUGCAUGGGAUCCCCCAGUCUUGGCAGAGAGAAAUGGCAAGAUCGUCAACUACACAGUGGUAUACAGGGACAUAAAUAGCCAGCAGGACCUAGUUAACAUCACCAAGGACACAAGUAUCACUUUGGCGAAUCUGAAGCCCGAUACCACUUACGACAUCAAAGUGAGGGCCCGCACCAAUAAGGGGGUUGGGCCGCUCAGCCCCAGCAUCCAGUCCCGGACCAUGCCUGUUGAGCAAGUGUUUGCUAAGAACUUCCGUGUCAAUGCCGUCAUGAAAACCUCUGUGUUGCUGAGCUGGGAAGUGCCUGACUCCUAUAAAUCUGCAGUGCCUUUUAAGAUUCUGUACAAUAGCCAGAGUGUGGAGGUGGAUGGCCAUUCGAUGAAGAAACUUAUAAGUGACCUCCAGCCAGACACGGACUAUUCCUUUGUGCUGAUGAACCGUGGGAGCAGUGCUGGGGGACUCCAGCACCUCGUCUCAAUCCGCACCGCUCCUGAUGUCUUGCAAAGCAAACCCGUUGCCACAAACAAGUAUAUACAGGAAGGAAAAUUCACACUCACCCUUCCCAAAGUCCAGACCACUGUGCCAGUUAGGUGGUACUACAUUGUGGUUGUGCCAGCAGAUCAGAGCACCAGCAGCCUGAAUUCUCGGUGGCGGACACCUGAUGAGAUGGAGCUGGACCAGCUGCUGGAGGCCAUAAGCCAAGGGAGUCAGAGCAGGCGCCAGCGACGCCAAGCAGACAGACUCAAGCCCUACAUUGCUGCUCAAGUGGAUGUGCUGCCCGAGACCUUCACCCUGGGGGAUGAGAAGAACUACAAAGGUUUCUACAACAAGCCCCUGUCUCAAGACCUGAGUUAUCGCUGCUUCGUACUGGCCUCGCUGGAGGAUGGAGACACGAAGAGAUAUGCAGCCAGCCCCUACUCGGAUGAGAUUGUGAUGGAAGUGGCUUCAGCAAAGCAACAGGAUGAACCAGAGAUGCUGUGGGUGAUGGGACCUGUCCUGGCUGUGAUACUAAUCAUCAUCAUUGUCAUUGCUAUACUCCUCUUCAAAAGGAAAAGGGCACACUCCCCCUCUUCCAAGGAUGAGCACUCCAUCGGCCUGAAGGACUCACUCUUGGCCCACUCCUCUGACCCAGUUGAGAUGAGGCGGCUCAACUACCAGACUCCAGGCAUGCGUGACCACCCCCCCAUCCCUGUGACAGACCUCGCCGACAACAUUGACAGGCUAAAAGCCAACGAUGGGCUGAAGUUCUCCCAGGAAUACGAGUCCAUUGAUCCAGGGCAGCAGUUCACCUGGGAGAAUUCCAACCUAGAAGUGAAUAAACCAAAAAACCGCUAUGCAAAUGUGAUUGCCUAUGACCACUCACGUGUCAUCCUGACCUCCAUCGAUGGGGUCCCAGGCAGUGAUUACAUCAAUGCCAAUUACAUCGAUGGGUAUCGGAAGCAGAAUGCCUACAUCGCCACGCAGGGGCCUCUGCCAGAAACCCUCAGCGACUUCUGGAGGAUGGUGUGGGAACAGAGAACAGCAACCAUAGUCAUGAUGACCAGGCUGGAGGAGAAAUCCAGGGUAAAGUGUGACCAGUACUGGCCAAGCCGAGGUACAGAAACCUACGGGAUGAUCCAGGUGACUCUGCUGGACACAGUCGAGUUGGCAACCUACACCGUCCGCACCUUUGCACUGUACAAGAAUGGCUCCAGUGAGAAGAGAGAGCUUCGACAGUUCCAGUUCAUGGCUUGGCCUGAUCAUGGGGUACCGGAGUACCCCACUCCCAUCCUGGCUUUCCUGCGGCGGGUCAAGGCCUGUAACCCACCAGAUGCUGGGCCCAUGGUUGUCCAUUGCAGUGCUGGCGUGGGCCGAACUGGUUGCUUCAUUGUCAUUGAUGCCAUGCUGGAGAGGAUGAAGCAUGAGAAGACCGUGGACAUCUAUGGCCACGUGACAUGCAUGCGCUCUCAGCGUAACUACAUGGUGCAGACAGAGGACCAGUACAUCUUCAUCCACGAGGCCUUGCUGGAGGCAGCCACAUGUGGCAAUACAGAGGUGCCUGCACGCAACCUCUUUGCUCACAUCCAGAAGCUGACCCAGGUGCCACCAGGAGAAAGCGUUACUGCAAUGGAGCUGGAAUUCAAGCUGCUGGCCAACUCAAAAGCACAUACCUCACGUUUCAUCAGUGCCAACCUCCCAUGCAACAAAUUCAAGAACCGCCUCGUGAACAUCAUGCCAUACGAGCUGACCAGAGUCUGUCUGCAGCCCAUCCGGGGUGUUGAGGGCUCCGAUUACAUCAAUGCCAGCUUCAUAGAUGGGUACAGGCAGCAGAAGGCCUACAUUGCCACGCAGGGACCACUGGCCGAGACCACAGAGGAUUUCUGGCGGAUGCUCUGGGAGCACAACUCCACCAUCGUGGUGAUGUUGACAAAGCUGCGCGAAAUGGGCCGGGAGAAGUGCCAUCAGUACUGGCCUGCAGAGCGCUCUGCCCGGUACCAGUACUUUGUGGUGGACCCCAUGGCAGAGUAUAACAUGCCACAGUACAUCCUCCGGGAGUUCAAGGUGACGGAUGCCAGGGACGGCCAGUCACGGACCAUCCGCCAGUUCCAAUUCACAGACUGGCCUGAGCAGGGAGUGCCAAAGACAGGAGAGGGCUUCAUCGACUUCAUUGGCCAAGUGCACAAGACCAAGGAGCAGUUUGGGCAGGAUGGGCCCAUCACAGUGCACUGCAGUGCUGGGGUCGGGCGCACGGGCGUCUUUAUCACACUCAGCAUCGUGCUGGAGCGGAUGCGCUACGAGGGGGUGGUGGACAUGUUCCAGACAGUGAAGACCUUGCGGACGCAACGGCCAGCCAUGGUGCAGACAGAGGACCAGUACCAGCUGUGCUACAGGGCGGCACUGGAGUAUCUUGGCAGCUUCGACCACUAUGCAACGUAACUAGUGCUUUCCUCCAGUCGCGGUGGGGAUGUCUAGGAGUGGAGACGGGUUCCUCUGAGACAGAGUCGCCCAUUCCUCAGUCCUUCUGUACAGAUGGAGAUGCUGCCCAGGCAGCAAACCUCCACACCAACCAGUUCUGACCACGGCAUUUAGGAACUUCACCCCAGCGCCAAACGAGGGAAUCCGACUCCAAAAGCAUUUCCAGUCUCUGGCUGAAUUUCUGCUCAUGUGCAUCUCUCGCCCUCUCUCACGCGACUGCAUUUCACAGCGAGGCUUUAGGUGGGUGGAAUGGGAUCUUUUUUUUAAACAUGUAAAAUAGUUACUAGUGGGUUUUAUAAUCUCCUC